AUGUCCGUGUCCCCGUCCCGAAGGCCGCAAGAAGAAUGCUUUUUAGCCCCCGGCCGCUCGCUCUUGUCUGACGACGAAGCUGAAACAGAAGCUGGGGCUGCCAAGGCUCUAGAAGACCUCAAAGGGAAGCGGAGGGCCACGGGGCACAGUCCCGCCUUCCCCCUGCCCCAACACGUGUGUUUUGGACCCGUUCAGGAAACGACCACCCGGAAGCUGGAUUUACUGAAAAGCGGGUUUGCGGAAAUGAGAGCCCUCAUCGAAGCCGUGGAGAACGACGCUGUCAGAGAAGAAGAGAGAGUCCUGGGCAAGUUCGACGUCAUCCAUCAGACCAUCACCAGAAGAAAGAAGGCAGUGCAGAACCUGAAAGACCAGAUUGAGCUGGUACUGGAAAAACCUGCUGAGUUCUUCUUAGAGAAAGCAGCAAAGCUGCAUGACGUUUCCACCAAGGAUGUGUACGUGCCUGAAAUCGACCUGAAUCAGGAGAUGAUCCAAGCCUUGUACCACAGCUCCUUCUCCUUGAAAGAGGUGCUGAAACAAAACAUAAAGGACUUACAUGAGAAGAGAAGUUUCUCAGGUAAAUCCACCGGGGAGCGUUUUCCGGAGGUCCACGUUUCGGGGUUCAUAGAUGCCCGAGGAGUAGAUGGCACAGGGAGGGAGGGCACCAGAAAGAGACGAACAAGGCUUCAUCCACCAGACCUGAAAAGGGCAGGGAGGCCGCCGGUUGGCGGCUGUCGCUCCCCCGUGUCGUUCUCCGCUUUGUGCUCCGGGCGCCGACUCUGCCAAGGCCACCCCCUCUCCCGGGACCGCAUCCGCGGCAGCCUCCCCCGCGGCCGCCACCGCGGACCAGAUCCCGGCAGGAGCUCCUGGAGUCGGCGGCGGGAGGGGGGUCUGGGGCCUGCCGAGCCCCUGCCCCCCUCCUCGCUCCCGGCCCCAGUGGAGGGUGACCGGCUCACUUGGGGGCUCCGGCGCGGGCCCCGUCUUCCCGAUGCCACCAAAGUGACCUUCGACUUCAACGCGGCCCACCCCGAGGCGGUCCUGUCGGACGCGGCCCAGCCCUGCCGCCCCCACCCCCGGCGCUUCACCUACCGCACCCAGGUGCCGGGCCGACGGUGCUGUGAGAGCGGCGUGCACCGCUGGGAGGUGGAGCCGAGGCCCGACGAUCUCUGCGGCGUCGACAUCUGCUACGGCAGCACCGACCGGCGGGGCGCCGGCGGCCGCCCGGGCCGCAACGCCGUGUCCCGGUGCGUCGAGCGGUUCGACGGCAAGCUGUCGGCCCGGCCCGCCGAUGCCGAGACGAGCCUGCCCGGACCCGAAUCCCCCAGGGUCGGCGUCCUCCUCCGCUACGACGCCGCCUUCGUCGUCUUCCUCUCCGUCUCCGACAAAAUCAGCCUGCUCUACAUGUUCGAGGUCGACUUCUCCGAGGCCGUGUUGGCCAGCGGCACCUCCCUGGCCCUCUCCCCCCAUCAAGUAGCCGCACGUGAGGGCUGCCCUUUCCCUCGGGCGGACAUUGGUGGCCACUGGAAUGCCCGGAGGACGGGCGGAUGCUGCCGACGUUCAGGCUCACUGCGGUGCCCGGCGCGAUGUGGGCAGCCGUUAAAUAUCGACGGAGGGGUUGAGAUUUGGGAGUGUCUAUCAAAGGCCCGGGGGGCCGUUCUUAGCUUGGAAGCCUGUUGGUGCUGGGUUGGCUCAUAUUUUGGCUCUUGCUGGCGGGGAGGGGAUCUGCUGGGCAUGUGGAGCGUGUGACCCCCCCCGGACGUCUGGUGAUGGGGAGAGAGGGUCCCCGGAGGGCAAAGCCCCCAGGCUCACCCCUUGCUUUGCUGAGCCCCUUCUUACUGCACUGUAGCGUAUUCAACGCUUGGGAGAAUAAAAUAGCGUAAGUGGAAAUAAUCCCCGCUCUAGGGGAGCGAGGAGUCUUGAAGCAAGGGACCCCGAGGAGGAGGGAUCGGAUAGCGCUCAAUAAAGUAGUCCGUUAACAAAG